AACCCACACAAAAAACCAAACCAACGCCAACGAAGUCUCUCUCUCUCCAACCCUCCAUGGCAGUAGAUCUGGCAGGUGUUGCCAAGAUUAGGAUGGAAGAACAGACAGCCAUCGAAGAAGCAGCUUCCGCUGGAUUGAAAAGUAUGGAGCAUCUCAUUCGUGUUCUUUCCUCCCAAAUCCCUUCCUCUUCUGCUUCUGCCUCUGCCUCUGCCUCCUCCUCUUCUUCCACACACCACCACCGUCUUAAUCUCAACCACCUUGACUGCACCGAAAUCACCGACUUCACUGUCUCCAAGUUCAAACAAGUCAUCAACUUGUUGAAUCGCACUGGUCACGCUCGCUUUCGCCGCGCACCUUCUCAUUCCUCCCCCUCCCCCUCUCUUCCUUCUCCGCCGCAGCCACACGCUCAAAAACUCACUCUUCAUUUUGCAAACCCCAAGGUCAAGUCAAAUCCCAAUCCCAACCCCAACCCUUCUUUCACGGAUUUGUCGGUUUCUCAAUAUUCCAAGACCAAAGACACCACCUUUAGCAUAUCCCCUCCCAUCUCCACCACCACCUCCUCCUUCAUGUCCUCUGUCACGGCAGACGGCAGCGUUUCCGACGGCAAGAUCGGCCCCGCCAUCCUCGCCUCCGGGAAGCCUCCUCUCUCCUCAUCCCACCGUAAAAGGUGUCACGACGCCACCCUCUCGGCCGGGAAAACCUCAUCCUCCGCCCACUGUCAUUGCUCCAAGAGAAGGAAAUCUCGUAUGAAACGAAUGAUUCGAGUGCCGGCGAUAAGUUCGAAGAUCGCCGAUAUCCCUGCGGAUGAGUACUCGUGGAGAAAGUAUGGUCAAAAACCCAUCAAGGGGUCACCCUACCCACGAGGGUACUACAAGUGCAGUAGCGUGCGAGGGUGUCCGGCCAGAAAGCACGUGGAGCGAGCCCAGGAUGACCCUAACAUGCUCAUCGUUACCUACGAGGGAGAGCACCGUCAUCCGCAGCCGCGUCUGCCGGAAGCUGGCGUGCCCGGCCCCGUGGCUUUCGGUGCUCAGGCUGUUUAAGCGACGGGUAGAUCGAGAAAGUGUGAGACCGACAGUGAUGAGUGAUAAGCGCUGUUUGCAAUUAACUGAGGAAGUUGUAACGGUGUGUUGUAACAGUGAGAGAAAAAGAAAGGAAGUUCUUGCAAGCAAGGGAAAGUAAAGAAAAGAAGCAAAGUCAACUUUUGCUUUGUUGGUUGUGACCUUUGUGGACCAGAAGAGUCCUCUACCAGAGGAUAAGCACUUUUGUGUAAAUUUGACAAAAAAUUAUGAAAUAUACUUGUUUUUUUUAAUCUUUUGAAUUUAAUUAAUCGACAUAGUUUAUGCGCUCUGGACCAAUGAAGAAAUUAUUCUUAAUAUUCAUAAAAAUGGAAUUUUUUUAAUUGUAUUUAGAAAAUAGUAUUAUUAUAUUGUAGGGUAGGUGCGUGAUGUAAUGUAAUGAAACCCAAGUUGAAAGAAAAGUAUAGAUUCGAUUGGGUUGAAA